AUGUUGUGUGCAAGUGUCUAUCAUCUUGCAAUGAACUGUGUCGCGGAGCCAAAGUUUUGCUUGCGCAGACGUCUUUCUUUCUAUGAACUCUGGCGAACGAAAUCUUCAGUACUGCCGCCUUUGGUUAGGCAGGUGAGCUCGGUUAUCAUGGGCCUCGAGGUAGCAGGUGGCGGGGAAGCUGCAGUUAAGGGGAAGUUCUGGGGUAUAGUUGUCUGUUUUUUCUUGGGAAAUGGAAGCCUAUUUGCCUGGAACAGCAUGCUUACCAUCGAGGAUUACUAUGUCUCUCUGUUCCCGAAUUACCAUCCGACAAGAGUUCUUACACUAGUAUACCAGCCUUUUGCCUUUGGACUCACCUGCUUCUUUGCAUACUAUGAAGCAACGAUGAACACGAGGAAGAGAAACCUAGCUGGUUUUGCACUUUUCUUCCUUAGCUCUUUCGCGUUAAUAUUGCUGGACGUUGGUACUAAAGGACAUGGUGGAAUUCCAGCAUACAUUGGUGUAUGCAUAAUCAGUGCCUUUUUUGGGACAUCUGAUGCGCUUGUUCAAGGUGGCUUGGUUGGCGACCUUUCUUUGAUGUGCCCGGAGUUCAUUCAGUCCUUCCUGUCAGGCUUGGCUGCAUCAGGAGUUAUAACAUCAGCUUUGAGACUAAUUACAAAGGCAGCUUUCGAGAACUCACAAAAUGGUCUUCGAAAUGGAGCUAUGCUAUUCUUCUCGGUAACAUGCAUGUUCGAGCUAGCUUGCCUCCUCCUAUACGCAUUUGUCUUUCCCAAAUUACCCAUCGUGAAGUACUACCGCCAAAAGGCAGCCUCUGAAGGGAGCAAGACUGUUGGCAGCGACCUUGCUGCUGCAGGAAUCAAAACUGAUCAAGAUAGGCAGGUUGAGGAGGAUCCCCAAAAGCACGAACGUUUAAGCACCAAGGAGCUGCUGAUGCAGAAUAUAGACUAUGCUUUGGAUAUCUUCCUGAUAUAUGUCUUGACUCUAUCAAUCUUCCCUGGAUUUUUAUCGGAAGAUACUGGAUCACAUGGCCUGGGAACAUGGUACGCACUUGUGCUGAUCACGAUGUACAAUGUGUUAGAUCUGAUUGGUAGGUACAUACCACUGAUCAAAUGCCUGAAGCUGACGAACCGGAAGGGCCUGAUGGUCGCCAUCUUGGCGCGCUUCCUGUUCAUCCCUGCGUUCUACUUCACGGCCAAGUAUGGCGACCAAGGGUACAUGAUCUUCCUCACGUCCUUUCUGGGACUGACCAAUGGCUACCUCACCGUGUGCGUCCUCGCUGAAGCGCCAAAUGGGUACAAGGGGCCGGAGCAGAACGCUCUGGGGAACGUGCUCGUGGUGUGCCUCCUCGGCGGCAUAUUCUCCGGCGUCGUGCUCGACUGGAUGUGGCUGAUAGGCAAGGGCUGGUAG